GACGUGAACGCGCUUCUCCAGCGCUGUUCAAACCGGCAGGAAUAAGAGCGCAACGCGAAAAUAAAUACAAGUGCAUGCGUGUGUGAUAUUAAUAUAUAAUAUUGAAGUAAAAAUGGAUUUUCUUAUGGGCAACCCGUUCUCCUCUCCUGUCGGACAGCUUAUCCAGAAAGCCACUAAGGGUUCUCUAGAGAGUGAGAAUUGGGGCAUGAACAUGGAAAUCUGUGACAUUAUCAAUGAGACAGAUGAUGGGCCCAAAGCUGCAAUGAAAGCCAUAAAGAAGCGGAUUGUGGGAAAUAAAAAUUUCAGAGAAAUCAUGCUGGCACUAACUGUUCUCGAGACGUGUGUGAAGAACUGCGGCCAGCGUUUUCACGUCUACGUGUGCACCCGCGAGUUUGUAGAGGGAGUGCUGGUCCGAUCCAUUCUCCCCAAAAACAAUCCCCCUAUGGUCUUACACGACCGAGUCUUAAGCCUCAUCCAGUCAUGGGCCGAUGCUUUUCGGAACACUCCGUCCCUAUCUGGCGUGGUGUGUGUGUAUGAUGAUCUGAAGAAAAGAGGCCUGGAGUUUCCUAUGACUGAUCUGGAUGCUCUGUCGCCUAUACACACCCCCAUCAGGAGCGUAGCAGAAAACUAUACACCUGCCCAAACGUCUGCAGAACCCACAACACACACGUCCAACGUGCCAAGCACACAAACUUUACCCUCAGACAGUAUCUCUCAGACAAAUGGGGCACCAACAGAUAUCUCACCUGAACAGAAACAGAAAUUAAAGGCAGAUUUGGACCUAGUAAAGGGAAACCUGUUGGUCAUGACAAAUAUGCUGAACCAGCUCAAACCAGGAGAGUGCUCACCAGCAGACACAGAGCUACUGCAGCAGUUGUACACAGUGUGUAAGAACAUGCAGAAGCGAAUCCUGGAGCUGAUCCCCAAUCUAUGUGAGGAAGGGCUGAUUGGAGAAUUGCUCGCUGCCAACGACGAUCUUAACAAUGCCUUCAUCCUCUACGAGAGAUUCGAAAGUCUAAACAUUACGCAGAGAAGCACCACAGAACAAGUAAAUCAGGCCUCAGGAGACCUUAUAGACCUUAGCCAGUUUUCAGCACCAACCAGUCAGCCAGUGACCCAGUCUACAUCUAAUCCCAUAAUGAGCUCAGCUGCAGGAGGCAACGAUGAAGAAUUUGAUAUGUUUGCCCAGACAAGAGGAAGUUCCCUGGCUGAGCAGAGAAGGAGUGUUAAAUACGAGGACCCUGGUGCAGUAGAGGGCCUAGCAGAAGCGCUGGACACUCGGCUCCAGGUCACAGCAGGCCAUGAGUGUGCGAAGAAUGAGGCAGGUGAAUGGACUCGUCAGUCUCAGUGGAUAUACAGUGAGGCACUGGCACCAGCUCCACAGAGCGCUGCUAUGGCUGACAUUGAGAAGUGGUUAUCUACAGAAACGUAUGAUGAGUUCGAUGAUGAUGAUGAAGAGGGUGUUACCAGCGAAGCUUUCAACAAGUUUCUAGCGCAGAGGGCGAAAGCAGUAGAACACCUUCCUUCUGUGCAGAACAGCUCCUUGGCCCCUCUGAACCCUUGUCCAUCAGUGUCAAAACAAGAGAGCCCUCAGGAUCAGCUUUUCACUCUGUGACAUGCUUAGAUUAACGAAGGAAGAACAGAGUAACAGACAGCACGAAAUGCACUGCUCAGAAGUGUGAACUGCCUUGUAGCUUUUUGUACAUCGCUGCUAUGUGUACCGUGCCCUUUUUAUUACACUUUCUGAUUUUUCCAGUGACACAGCUUAAUUGUAGGAAGGAAAUUGAAGAAAAGGCUACGUGUUUUGUGUCUGCUUCAUUGUAUUUAAAUACACAAUUUACUUUUUUUUUUUUUUACUUACCAGCAGGGGCUGUUUACAUGUUUUGUCAAACAACUUAAUUAAUCCUGAUCAUAGAUUUCUCGUAGAUUGUACACUAUAUCUUACUUAAAUCCCACAAUCUUUGUUUACAUACAUGGUACGUUUUAUCUGUAAAGUCCGUAUGUGCAUAUGCAAAGAGCAUAAGUUAGUGCCAAUGUUGCAGUAACCACAAGAAGUACCUCAUAAUAUGUAGAAUAUAAUAUGUAGCUUGCGCUAGCUGUUUUCACAAUUGUAACAAUUUUCAGUUCUCUCUUUUCCCACAAUAUUUCAGGUGUGUACUUGUUCGACUGAGAGGGGAAAUCUCUUUUUUUUUCUUCUUUUUUUUUUUGCGCAAAAAUACAGUAUCUAGUGUCAAAGGUUGUGGGUUUAUUACUUUGCAAAUAAAGCGAUCUAGCUAUACAAACAUUUAUAAAAUAUUAAAGUACUAAUCAGGACUGACUAUUAUUUUUUUAUUUUUUUAAGAAAGAAAAACAGAUUGGCAUUACUAUGAGAUUCUCUACAAAUAAAAUAAUAAAUAAUAAUAAUAAUCCCAGGAGACUUGGGGAAUAAGGUGAGAAACACCUUGGACAAGGUGCCAAUCCAUCCCAGGGGCAACAAACAAUUUAUGGAUAUCAAUUAAUCUAAUCUGCAUGUAUCUGGACUAUGGGAGGGAACACACCAAGCACAGAAAGAACAUGCAAUCUCCACACACACAGACCCAAGGCAAGAAUCAAACCCUCGACCUUGGAGGUGUGAGGCCACAGUGCUAACCAAUACGCCACUGUGCUGCCAGAUAAAUAUCAUACUUUUUCACAAUAUGACACAUUGUUAAAAAAAACAGGAAAAGGGAAUCCAAAAAUUCUUCUGAAAAUAUGGUCACCCAGUCAGAAAGCAUUACAAGAGCAUUACGCACUCUCGCGUAAACAUAUACUCUCAAAUUACAGUUUAAUAGUGUACCUUUAAAAAAAUGAUGUCGUGUGCACAUACUGUAAUGUAUAAGAGCCCAAUAACUGUAGGACCACCGCAGCUUUUUUUUUUUUAAAUGUGUAACGAUACAGUUGCUAUUCUAUUUCUGUCACACUGCUAAAGCACUUACCCGCUUGCCUAGUUUGUCUUGUUCUAAUAUCACUUACUGUAACUAAGCUAGCUUACUGUGUUUACUGAUCAGCUCUCUGAGCUAUAACGUCCAUAUGAUAGGAGACACUGUGAUGUAGUUCUAUUUAAAAUAGUUCAUGAAUGAUCUGUAGACUGCAAGUUUUAUUGCGCUGUAAAGUGAAAUUUAUUGUUACUCUGUGAUAGUUUCUUAAUAAAUAUUAAUAUGAUCAGAUCUUUUUUAAUGUUUGGAUUAAUGUAUAAAAAAAUUAAACAAUUUGCUGUUUGCCUA